ACAUCCGGUGUUACUCUCGCAUCACAUCCGCUCGUUACCCUCAUUGUCGAAAAUGCACAUCAACGCGCGUUGCAUGCGGGUCUUCAACUCACCUUGAGCACUUUGCGACGAGAAUAUUGGAUUCUUCGCGCACGAAAUAUCGCGAAAACGGUGAUUCAUCACUGCGUCACAUGCACUCGCGAGCGAGCCUCGGUUCCGUCGCAAUUAAUGGGAGAUCUUCCGUCGGUACGAGUAACCGCGCCAGCGCGAAGUUUCUUGCAUUGUGGACUUGAUUACGCCGGACCAGUGUCAAUCCGGGUAUCUUCGGGUCGCGGCAUUAAAUCUCGGAAGGCGUAUAUUGCCUUAUUUAUAUGUUUAGCUACGCAAGCCAUUCAUUUAGAAUUAGUAUCUGAUUAUUCCACUCCCGCUUUUCUUAACGCUUACUCGCGAUUCUGCGCUCGCCGCGGGCUUCCGCUUUCAAUCUAUUCCGAUAAUGGAACCACCUUCGUCGGUGCAGAUCGCGCUCUCGAAGCG